CUCCUAUAAAAUGAUGCUUUUUCCCAUGAACAUCGGCAAACAUUGUGACUGGUCUGGCCCUACCCUGCUGGAUUACUGUGUCCAUUUCCAAUCCUUGGGUCUUUCACUGUCUACAUUACAGAGAUAAGGAGGAGGGGGGGUGUCCCAUCCCCAGGAUUUUUGGUCUCUUUUACUGCCCAUGGGAAGAGUAUGCAUUGUGGGAUGUUGGAGGAACCAGACAUGGAUUCCACAGAAAGUUGGAUUGAAAGGUGUCUCAGCGAAAGUGAAAAUAAACGCUACUCAAGUCACACGUCUUUGGGAAAUGCUUCUAAUGAAGAAACAGAUGAAGAAAAGGAAAACAGGGCAUCAAAACCACAUUCCACUCCGGCCACCCUGCAAUGGCUGGAGGAAAACUAUGAGAUUGCCGAAGGCGUCUGUAUUCCCAGGAGCGCUCUCUACAUGCACUACCUGGACUUCUGCGAGAAGAAUGACACGCAACCAGUCAAUGCUGCAAGCUUUGGAAAGAUAAUUAGACAGCAGUUUCCACAAUUAACCACAAGAAGACUAGGUACCAGAGGGCAAUCAAAGUACCAUUAUUACGGCAUCGCGGUCAAGGAAAGCUCUCAAUAUUAUGACGUAAUGUACUCGAAAAAGGGAGCAGCCUGGGUCAACGAAACCGGGAAGAAAGAAGUCACAAAGCAGACAGUGGCGUAUUCACCGCGAUCCAAGCUCGGAACGUUACUGCCAGAGUUUCCAAAUGUCAAAGAUCUGAGUCUACCGGCCAGCUUGCCGGAAGAGAAGAUUUCUACAUUUAUAAUGAUGUAUCGUACCCACUGCCAAAGGAUUCUGGACACUGUUAUCCGAGCAAACUUUGACGAGGUUCAGAGUUUUCUUUUGCACUUUUGGCAAGGAAUGCCCCCCCACAUGCUUCCUGUCCUGGGUUCCUCCACCGUAGUCAACAUAGUUGGGGUGUGUGAUUCCAUCCUCUAUAAAGCUAUUUCAGGAGUCUUAAUGCCAACUGUGUUGCAAGCUUUGCCUGACAGUUUGACGCAAGUGAUAAGGAAAUUUGCGAAACAGCUGGACGAAUGGUUAAAGGUUGCACUCCAUGAUCUUCCAGAGAAUUUACGAAACAUCAAGUUUGAGCUUUCAAAAAGAUUUUCACAGAUCCUUAGAAGACAGACAUCUUUAAACCACCUCUGCCAGGCAUCAAGAACGGUAAUACACAGCGCUGAUAUCACGUUCCAGAUGUUGGAAGACUGGAGGAAUGUUGACCUUAAUAGCAUUACCAAACAGAGCCUUUACACAAUAGAGAAUUCCCGCGAGGAACACAGGAAACUUAUUAUCCAGUUGUACCGGGAAUUUGACCAUCUUCUCGAAGAGCAGUCUCCCAUUGAGUCGUACAUUGAAUGGUUGGAUUCCAUGGUUGAGAGAUGCGUGGUGAAAGUGUCCUCCAAAAAGCAAGGAUCACUCAAGAAAGUAGCACAGCAGUUUCUCUUGAUCUGGUCCUGCUUUGGAACACGGGUUAUUCGGGAUAUGACACUACAUAGCGCCCCGAGCUUUGGUUCAUUUCACCUCAUUCACUUAAUGCUCGAUGAUUACGUAUUAUACCUGUUGGAGUCCCUACACUGCCAGGAAAGGGCCAACGAGCUCAUGAGAGCCAUGAAGGGAGAAGCUCACAAUGUUUCGGCUCGUUCAACAGAGUUGAGAGAAGACAUCAUGCUGACAGAAACCACAAUUUCCACCCCGUCUCCAGUUCCGUUUUCACCCGCCACGUCUACUGUGUCUGUCGAAAUCCCGGCGUCCAACUCUCCUGCGGGCAACCUCUCCCCCGAGAGCGGUGGUGUACCGGUCACAACAGGUGCAAUGCAGUCCUACACGUGGUCGCUCACAUACACCGUCACGAAAGCUGCUAACGGCGCGGGAGAAUCCGGCCAGCAAUUGAACUGCAUGAGAAACGCACAUGUGCCUCCGUCGGUCACGCACAGGAUACCCGUUUAUCCACACCGAGAGGAUCAUGGGUUUACAGGAAGUUAUAAUUAUGGAAGUUACACCAAUCAAGGUCAUCAUCCAAUUGCAACACAGUAUACAUCAAUGCCCCACGAGUCUGGGAUUCCGGGACCACUUCACUACACAGCCUACCACAGAAGUACCUCACAGUAUCCGUUUAACAGCCAGACUCGGAUGGAGCCAUGCCUUAUGAGCAGUACACCAAGACUCCACCCGACCCAGGUGCCACCACGUUGGCCAGAUGUUGCAUCAACCAACACCUGUUACUCCAGCCCACCCAUGCACUCUGCGAGAUACGGAAGCUCCAACGACGUGUACGCAUCGCUGGCCCCCCGUCGGAACUCUGAAUACGAACACAUGCAGCAUUUCCCAGGCUUUGCCUACAUAAACGGAGAAGCCAGCACGGGAUGGGCAAAAUAAAGACUAUGGUGACUUUGCUUCCACUGGAAUCUCGUGGCUUCUAUUUCUGAAUGAUAAAACAUGCUAUGAAUAGGAGAGAGAACGGCAAUGGACAUGUUGUAUUAGAGCACUAAUUGGGCCAGGCUGUGCCUUCGUUAUUGUUAAUUAUUUCUGUCUUCGGAUCUGAUAUGCCAUAAGUUCAUUGGGUAUAGCAGUUCUCUAGCUUUCUCCAUCACCAAGCAUCAUGGGAGUUGUAUGGAUGCUGGAGGAUCAGGUGUAGCUGGAAAAUGAUCGGAACAAGAACUGCCGCAUCAUGGGAAUUGUAGUUCAACAACGGCCAGGAUGCAACCAGUUGGCAACCCCUGCUGUAGACUGAAUGGAUGACUGGGACAGUGGUUUUGCAUUUAUUUACGUGUACAAAAGAAUUGAUAUGCAGAGUUCUUACCUUAUUUUGGCUUCUGGGAAUGAAACCAAUUUUCGUCAGUUCUGCCGGAUUUAUAUCUUCACAACAUUAAGUUCUUCCGCUUUGGAGUAAGGAAAAUGUGGCGAGAACAAGAAGAACUUAAAUACAUUCCAAAUGGCGUUUCCACAGCCAUGAAAUUUACAUAAUGCAUAGAAAAAUAAAACAAAAACUAGUUCCUCUCUGUCAUCACGCAAACAAAUAUUCUGCAAAUCACCUUAAAGGCCAGCUUCUAUUCAAAUGUAAUCAUUAAAAUGAACAUUGAACACAAUCAGACGGUCCAUUAGGCAAAAGAGGCACUUGCUAGGAGUACUC